UUGUAGAUCCGGACUAAAGAACUGUUAGAAGCCCCUUGAUGCUUGACGCUGCCAUGUAAAAGUUGUUCUGAUUGGUUAACCCCCACUAUUUGUCUUUUCCGUUCUUUUUACGUUCCGCUAUUUCUCACUCCAUGUGACCGCACUCUUAACUCUUACUCCUUAAUUUAUUUACAGCAAUUUACAACAGUCGUUUAUAUUAGUCUACCUUAGAUAUAUUCGUUGAAUUUUAUAAUGGAAAAAAGAGUUGAGCAAAGAGUGUGCUUGAAAUUUUGUGUUGCUAAUGAAAUUUCUUGUGCCGACGCAUUAAAAAUGUUACAAAAAGCCUACGGGGACUGUUCUCUCUCGAAAUCACAAGUGUAUGAGUGGUAUAAAUUUUUCAAAGAUGGUCGUGAAAUUGUAGAAGACUUGCCGCGUUCUGGGCGUCCAUUGACAUCAAAUACGGACAAAAACAUCGAUAAAGUGAAGAAAAUUGUGCUUGCUAAUCGCCAUGUGAGUGAUAAAGAGAUUGCUUCAACCCUUAGCAUCUCUAGUGGUUCGGUUCAUCACAUUUUAACCAAAGUUUUGGGCCUCAGACGUGUUCAAGCGCGAUUGGUUCCAAAGCAAGUAUCUCUUGUACCGUGUACGUGACUUUUUGACCAAACAUGCAACAAAUACCAUCGACCAUGCACUGUAUUCAUCAAACAU